AUGCUCCAGGUUGCUCUCAAUUUCAUGGGCCUUCGAUCCAAACGUGGAGUUUCUUCGAAGAAAUCGUCAUCUGCGGUGACUGUGACGCUCAAGGCCCCCGAGGGCUUGGCGCUGGAGAACGAACAUGAGGAACCUGAAGGUACCACUUCUCCAAAGCAGGAUGAGGUCGAGGUGGAAAACACCGAAGAGGGAACCCCUUCUCAGCAGAGCUCGAAGCCCGAGCCGAAGUACUUCUGGAUGGACCCCGCAGCCCAGACAGCUCUCGUUGAGUUGAAGGCUCGGGGUGAAGCGAAAGCCGCGAAGGUGCGAGCGGCUAGAGCUCAACCCUACGUGGUGAAGGGCUUCACCGUCGUCAACAGUAGUGCGCCGCUCACAUCUGAGGCCGGCCGGGCAGCGGUGAGCAAUCAGUGGAUACAAGAUGAGCUCUACGGGAAUCGCACGAGGAAGAGAUCAUGGAAGGUACUCAACGAUAGGGAACUCACCGAUGCGUGAUGGGCGAGCUCUGUCGAAGCCACUACUGUCCCCUUGUACGUUACGUCGCUCCUGCUCACAGUUUCUACGUA